AUGGAAUAUUCACUUAAUAACAAAAAAAGAAAAAAAAACUUAAUGAACGCGGAUAGUGGGAUUUCAUUAAAAGGAAUGAAAGAGGGUUCUUAUAAAAAUAGGACCAAUAAUGGGCCAAGUCAAUUAUAUAUACAAAAUGUAUUUCAAAGUGGAAUUUACUACACACACAAUGAUGUAAGAUUAGGAAAAGCUAAAAAGAACAACAUCCACAAUUCAUCCUAUAUGGAACCAAAUACUUUACAUAGUUAUUAUAAGCAGAAUAAAGCAAAUAGAAAAGUUGAAGAGAUGAAUUACGUUUUUUACGAGCCCCUAAGAUAUCCUGCGUUUAAAAUAUCUGACAGGUUGAAUUCCGAAAGGGAGGAAAAGCCAGAAGGGGAGAAAGGGGAGAAAGAUGAGGAAUCGAAAGAGCUGAGAGAGGAGAAAGCAUCUAUAAAAUGCAUAGAAGAGGAAAAUAGUGGAAACAGAAGGAAAAGAAAGAAAGGGAAAGUGCGUUUUAACUUAAAUGACACAUCCUAUUCGAUCGAUGAAACCAUUUGCUCUAUGGAGGGCGAGGGAAAAGGGAAUCGAAAUUUUAUUUCUGGUAAAAAUAAAUUAUAUGACUCUGGUCAUAACAAAAAUGAACAUAAUUAUGAAAGACGAGAUGAGACCAAGGACCUCGAAAAAGCCUAUGUAUCACCAACUGAUGAGAGUAAUUUUUAUCCAAAGAAGGGAAGGGAGAAAAUGAGUAACUUAAUACCAAUAAAACUGCCAACACUUAUUUUAAACUCAAAGGAAAUCUCUAACGAAAUAAAAUUCAUGCUACAUAUGACCAUAUUAACUUUUUAUAGAGAUCAAAUUAAACCUGCAUAUAGUAGAAUCAAGGAACGACUAGCCAUUUUUAACGAAGGUGCAAAAAUGAAUUGCAAUUUUAUGAACAUAUACAUAUCUUUACACAAUGAAUACAUAGUUGUGAAAUCCAAAAGAAAUCAUUAUUUUGUUCUUUUGAGGGAAACUCCAAAAUGGUUUUGUGGAUGGAUAAAGACACAAAGUUUUGCAAAUCCUUAUCCAAAGAACAUGUGGAAAAAACUGAUAAAUUAUUUUCUACAUGUAUGCAGUGCGAAUGUAAAGGAAAAUAUUUUCCUUGAUAAAAUGGUUAUACAAUUUGUUAAGCACUUAUGUAAGGAAAGGUUAUUAUUUUUUUUGAAUUCCAAUAUUGGUGAUGAGGAGGAGACACUUGGUGAAUUACCUACUCUUUGUAAUGUCAUAUCAUAUGGAGAACCCAUGGAAAUCUCAGAAAAACUUUUCACCUACAGUUUUUUUAAUAACAGCUUUUCCUACUUCUCACACGCAAAUGAUAACUUUGUAAAUAAAAUCGAAAGUGCUCUGACUAGGCCAUACGCGUUCGUUUUGAAAGAUGGAGAGGAAGGAGAGGAGAGAAACGAAGAGGAAGAAGAACACACAGUAAGCGAAUCUGCAAUCAGUAUGGAAAAAAAGAAACAAGAUAGACCAGCUCAAAAUAUUAAUUUCAAUGUAAACUGCAUCCUGAAACCGAGCGAAUUUAAUAUUUCAACUUGUCAUGCUAGUCGAUCAAGUAGUGCAUAUUACACAGGAAGAACUCCCUGGGAAUUGGACAGUGAUAUAUACAAAGCUGCAAAUAAAUUGAAAGAAGAAAAUUUUCCUUUUUUAAAAGACUACUCUUUAGGAAAAAUUGCACAUAUAAUUCAGCUGAGUCUAUACAAUGGUUUGUUGCAUAAAGAGAACCAUGUUAUCAAACCUGCUUGUUGCUGCACGAGCGUCUCCUCGUCCGUUUUUUGUAUCAGUGGAGGAGAGGGUGGUGAUCCUUUGGAUUGUGAAGUGCCUCCUCCUUGGCAAAGUGAACCCAGCUCACUAGAGAGCGAAAUGUUAUUAUGGAGUAGUUCCUCAAGAAGAACAGUUAAUCAGAGGGAAGAAGAGGAAGAAGAGGAAGGGGAAGACAAAGAAGAGGAAGGGGAAGACGAAGACGAAGGAGACCACCGCUCGUUGAACUUCCGUUGCAUUGAAUCGAAACAUUCCCCGAAUGAAGAGUGGAAAAGAAGAGAAAAGAAAGAGGAGGAUCCUUUUUUAAAGAUAUUUGACAAAUAUAUGAAAAAUAAUGACAGGGAUCUUUUCUUUAAAUGUUGUAAAAGUAGAAACAGAAAAGAAGAAAGAUGGAAGAUGUAUCAAAGUAGGAAGAAUGUGUCGAUCAUGUCAACAGUACCAACCAUGCAAGAGGCGAAAACAAAAAUUGACAAACUACUACGAUGUAGCCACGGGAAAAUAAUUUUUCUAUGCUCGUUCAAAGAUAAGUUUUUUAAAAAAUAUAGAGAGACAAUAAAUCCGUUAAUUUUAGGAUGCAGUAGUUUAAUUACUUUUCUUUUUUUCUGUUGUAAAGAUGUAUGUAAAAUUUUCAUUUUAAAUAAAAAUAUAAUUUUAAUGCAUCCAAGUUGUGAUAUGCAGUUUUUGAAACACUUUUCUACAGAGAACGGGAAAGUGAUAGAAAAUGUAAUUGAAGAUUUUGAUUAUGACGAAUACUGCCAUAGUACAGUCUGUGGUUUACAGAGUGAUAAGUUCAAAAAUGAGUCUCUUGAAAUCUGCACAAUUAUGAAAAAUCUACCGAAAAAUAAAAAUAAAUUUUUUAUCACAUUUUCAUUCUGGAAGUAUAUGAACGACCGGGGAAAAAAGCUGCCAUCAAGCAAAAAUUAA